AUGACAGCGUUCUGGAUUACACUGCUUCUCCUUCAACAGGCAUAUUCACUUGUCCCAGUAACCACAGUUCAACUUGGAGAUCCUGUGACUCUCACAUGUGAUUUGCCUAAAGAUUGGAACCGCAUGAAACUACACUGGUACAAGCAGCGAGCCGGAGAUAAUCUGAAAUUAAUAACAACAGUUUACAGACAAAUAACCCCUCAGUUUGAACCAGAAUUUAGCAAAUCUAGAUUUAACUUAAUCAAUAAUGGGAAUAUGAGCAAGCUGACCAUUUUUAGGACAACUGAAGAAGAUGAAGGAAUGUAUCACUGUGCAGUUCUGGAGUGGAAUGAGGAUAAAUGGAGUGGGACAUAUUUAUCAGUACAAGGAAACAGUGAGAGGACAUCAAACUUGACAGUCGUUCAGUGGCCGACAGUCUCUGAUCCGCUCCAUCAGGGAGACUUGAUGACUCUGCAGUGUUCGGUCCUCUCUGACUCUGAGAAUAAAACGUGUCCAGGAGGUCACAGUGUGUUCUGGCUCAGAACCCAGAUAGAGAAAUCUCAUCCAGACAUCAUCUACACCGAUGGAAACAGAAGAGAUGAAUGUGACAAGAGAUCUAAUGCUCAGAAAAGCUGUGUUCAUCACUUCUCUAAGAGCAUCAGCUCCUCUGAUGAUGGGACUUACUACUGUGCUGUGGCCACAUGUGGACGCAUUUUAUUUGGAGAUGGAACCAAAGUGGACAUUAAAGCUCAUUCAGCACAUUUGGACUUUCUUGUUUGGAUUCUCUCCAUCUGUUUGGUUAUUUCAGUUGUCCUAAAUGUUUUCCUCUUCCUCAGACUAAAAUCACAUAAACAACAUGAAGGGUUAGAAAGUCUUGUUUCACAAGCCCAAAAUGACAACACGCACCAUCAAGAGCACGAUAACACCAGCGCUGAGCAUGAAUUAAACUACGCUGCUCCAAACUUUUCUGUCAGAUACACAAGGGAAAGAACGACUAGAGAGUUCACCAGGGAUGAUGUUUACGCUCAAGUAAAAUCCUGA